ACAAACAAUCUCCAAGCUUCAGAAAGAACCACCUUCAAGCUGAUGACACCACAUUUCUUCCUGAGAUUUGGAAAUAAACUUCUCUAACCUGAAGCCUUCACUGUUCCUUCAAGCUUCAGAAAUAAGUGUCUAUUAGCUGAAGACUCUGUUGUAAAGCCCAGAUUCCAUCGUUGGAGUUGAGUGAGGAUCAUGGGUUUUUGUGAUUUCAGUCUGUCGUGCUGUUUGAGAAUUCUGGAGGCUGUGUUUUGUUGUUUGGCGUUGCUAAUCCCCAUGUUCCGGGGCUCCAUGAGUAACCCCUUCGGCGUUUGGUGUGAAUUUGUGUGGACAUUUGGUCUGAUUGUGGCUCUGGUCAUCUUUCUGCUGGAGAAGUUCCUGAUUGAUAAGUUGGUGGAGAUGAUCGUAUUGAAGUACUCCUGGGCCGAUUUAGCUUGUGGACUUUCCCUCCAAGCUUCUGCCAUGCUGCUGUCAGCCUCCAUCAUCUAUUCCGCUGUUUUUGUUUGUGGACGCUUCGCCUGCAUCGGCGACAUUUUCUGUGCCAUUUUCUCCAUAGUAGCCUUCAUCAUCUACACGGUGGAAGCCGUCAUGGCCAAGCUCAAGUGUCCAAGCGGCUAUUUGUCCAACUUGAGAGGACUUUUUCGUUUUGCUCAAGCUUUGGUUGCCUGCAUCCUUCUGGCCGCAGUAUCUGACUACUUCAUGGGUGUGGAGAGCCACUACAGACCGCCAGGCAUGGUGUGGUGCACUGUGGUCUAUGUAGUCUGCUUCCCAGUGUGUGUGCUGAUCAUCCUGAUCCACAUCAUCAAACUGCUGGGGGGAUUGCUCUGCUUUGCGCUGGACAAACUGGAGGUCAUCUUCAACAUCAUUGCAGUGGCGCUCUAUGUGUCUGCUGCCAUUCUCUGGCCAAUCUAUGCAUACAAAAAUUACCAUCGUGGCCCGGCACAUGGGAACCGGAUGCAUGACCGGCGCUAUCAUGACCUGAAUGCAGUUACAGUCCUGACCUACGUGAAUCUGGGCUUAUAUGUGGCAGACCUGGUCUUGUCACUGAUUUCUCUUUAUAAGCGAAUCUAAAGACCGCUACGUCAUCCUGGAUAUUUAGGAAGAGAUGCAUUAGUGAUCCUGUGGAUGGGAAAGAUGCUACAAUGCCCACUGAAAGGUUGGGGAUACUGAGCUUUUCAAAAUGUUUUAAUGCAAAUUAUCACAUUUUCUUUGUUGGUUUGCAGUAAUUCACCUUUUUAAAGCCUAAGUAGGUUUGUUUAGAGAGUGGGUUCACAACCUUUUUAAUGACAGAAAUACAAUUUGUCCCAAAAGACACCAAAUAUUUAGUGAAGCCUGUAUAUUCUCAGUCCAUUUUUAUUACUUUUCUUACACUCAACCAAAUUUUGUCUUAAUAACUUACCAGUUUAGAUCAUUUCUGUAACUGGGUUACAUGAAUAAACUGACUGGUUUAUAGAUUUACUCUAAGAUAUGGUAAUUUUGACCCAGCAAUGAGUUCAUUUUAGUUCUUUUUCCUGGAUUACUGUCUUUUUGAUUAAGUACAAUUAUGUCACUAUCUUGGCUUUACAUUAAGAAAUAGCCUUUAAACAAGCAAGGAUAUCUGCCAAUACAGUGAGACAAUCACAGUGGUGCUUCAACGUCUGUGAACUCUUUAGAAUUUUCUAUAUUUCUGCAUAAAACUUCAUCAGAUUUUCCUAACAUUAGAUAAAAAGAACCCAAUUAAACCAAUAGAAUAAAAUAUUAGACUUGGGUAUUUAUUUAUUGAGGAAAAUGAUCCAAUAUUUCAUAUUUGUGAGUGGCAAAAGUGUGUGAACCUUUGUUUUCAGUAUGUGUUGUGACCCCCUUGUGCAGCAGUAACUGUAACUACCUGUUUCCGGUAGCUGCCGAUUAGUCCUGAAUGUUGGGUUGGUGGAGUUUUAGCCCCGCUGUACAAAAUAGCUGCAGCUCUGUUAUGCUGGUGGGUUUCCUCUUAAGAACUGCUGCUUCAGGUCCUUUUCUACAGGAUUAAGGUCAGGACUUUGA